AUGCGAACGAGCGAAUCGUACGAGGGCGAGCCUGUUGAGGGCCCGUUCGGGAACGUGCCACCUCCAGCGAGAGCGCCCCUCCAAGGGGCUGAGUCAUCGCGCGCGGCACGGCUCGAGGCAGUUGCCGUUACGCAGCAGCAACAGCUGCUAGCGGUGCGGGCGCGCCUCAGUAAGACCGAGCGUCGGGUACUAGCUCUCUCGCAGCGCGACGAUGGCAAGGCAGUGCUUCUCGCUGAGGCAGAGGCGCGCUCGGCGACGCAGGCGUGCCGCCUUCGAGACGAGGAGGUGGCACAGCUUCGUUCUUCGCUUGCUCAGCUCGAGUAUGCCGCAGCUGCAAGCAAGGUGGGCGCGUUCGUGGUUGAGCGCGCGCGGGAGGUGUCGAUGCUGCGGGAGAGGCUUGCGCGCGCCCAGAGCGCAAAUCAGGCCUCCUCUCGACGCGCACUCGAGCGCGAGUUGAUCGCCACAAAGAAACAACGGGAGGAGGCAGAGGUCGCUGCCCUCGCUGGUGCCGGCGGCGAGGGCGCACGCGGCGGACGCGCUAAGGCAGCGGAGUUUGUGGUCUCUCGACUUCGCGAUGCCUCGGCGGAGCUGUCCAUCGAGGUUAGCUCACUCCGCGAGGCGCUCGCUGCGAAGGAGACCGAGCUGAAGGCCGAGGUGGCGCGGCGGACCUCGGUAGAGCGCGAGGCGCUAGCUGCACCCCGCAGCGGCGAGCCCGAGUGUGCCACCAUCGAGCGCCUGCAAGACGAGCUUCGCGAGCUGCGUGAAGGGGCCGACCCUGAACGGCGGGAGAAGGAGGGGGCCGUGGUCCAAACGCUCUUUGCCGAGCUGCACGCGGAGCGCAAGCACGUGGCCGAUCUCGAGGCCUCGAGCGGAACGCAGCACCUCGGCAACGAGCUAGGUGUCAACGCCGUCCUCGUUCGCUACAGGCGGCGCUCGCCUUUGGGAGCGAAGAUCUUGAAACUUCGCUCCUCUCCCUGCCCACCGACGCUGCUGCAUGGCAAGGAACUGGAACUGCGACAGAUGGAGCAUCAAGUAGCCCUGCUUGGCGAAGCCGCACUUGCAGAGACUCCGGAGCAAGAGAAUGGAGCCCAGCAGGCGCGCAUGGGCCAGGAUCGCACGCCGCUUGCUGCUGCGCCGCUGCUCAAGUCUGCUCCCCCGCGCGAGCCAGCUCGCGAGACCGCCGUGGUUGUGGAGGCACCGGAGCCAAUGCCAACUCCAUCACAGGCCGAGACGGAGGCAAAGCGUGUCAACGAGGUGACCGGCGAGGCAGAGGAGGCCAGAGAGGCCAUGGAGGCCGAGGUGCCGCAACGUGCGUUGGCCGUGGAUGAGCCCAACGGGGAGGGGGGCGACGCAGCCACGAUGAAACCUGCUGGCUCUCCGGCUUCUGUAAUCGAGGUUGCGGGUGAAGCAGAGUCUAUUGGCGGGGACGAAGGCGAGCUAGGCAGGCCCGGGUCCGCGGGCGAGGAGAUAGCCAAGCUAACCGCCAGCGCACCGACAGAGGUUCAAAAGGCGGACGCACCAGAGGCGGUGGAUGUCUCAGACGUUGUGCCAGGAGCAGGUAGCGAGCCCGUGGUGGGCGAGACUGAGGUGGCAGCUGUGGGCGAGGAGGUGGCGCCAGGAUCGGCAAAUGUCGGGGGCGAGGCGACGCCGCAAGGUGAGGCGGUGACGGAGGAAACGUCUCUCGAUGGCACAGAUGCGGAGGCCGAAUCAGGCGCCGAAUCAGGCGCGGUUCGCGUGGAGGCUGAGCAUGAUGAUGCGCAGACGGAGAGUGUGAUUGACCCCCCGACGGACGCGGGAGAGACAGAGGCGGGCGAACUGGGCGAGCCCGAGGGCGAGGGGCCAGAGGCAGAGAUAGCUGCACCCAUCGAGGCGGCGCCCGAGGUAGGGGAGGGGUCAAAAGCAGAGCCAGAGAGGCGGUAG